AUGCCUUUUGAUAACGUUAUAUUUCGAACUUCGAUGACCCCCUUCUUUUACAAGUCAUUAGGGAUUACCAAAAUCCGAAUCUCCGACCCCAACACUGAGGUUCUGAACGCCUUACGUGGCCACCGUGAUAUUCAAGUCAUCGUAGGUGUUAAGGACCAAGAUCGCGCUGCUCUUGCCGAGAGCGAAGAUGCUGUUAAGAACUGGUUCUCCACCAACAUCGAGCCUUACUUAGCCGACGUAAACAUCACGGUCAUCACCAUCGGUAACGAAGUCAUCCCGGGACCAAUCGGUCCUCACGUGUUUCCCGUUGUGCAGUCUCUCACCAGCCUUCUCAAGUCCAGGAACUUACUGUAG